CGUCCCCUUCCCCGCGGGCUUCGGUUCAAACGACCCGGUGGGUCGAGAGCGGAAGGGAGGGAGCGAAGGUAGCAGGCAGGACUUGCCUCACUGGCCUCCCUCCCAACCCCAAGAGCCCAGCCCAUGCUCCCCGCCGCCGGCGCGCUGCUCUGGGCCCUGCUGCUGAGUCUGGGUCUCCUGGCGGCGGGGGCCCAAGGCCUGACCCAGACUCCGACCACAAGGCAGCCCGUGAGCUUACGCCUGGGGGGCCCCAUGACCCGCCGCUACCGGAGCACCGCCCGGACCGGUCUCCCCCGAAAGACAAGGAUAAUCCUAGAGGACGAAAACGAUGCCAUGGCCAACGCCGACCGCCUGGCUGGCCCAGCGGCUGCCGAGCUCUUGGCCUCCACAGUGUUCACAGGCUUUAACCGGUUGUCCUCCAACAACGAGGAGGAUGGGUCUUUGGAAGAGGGGGUUGUGAUUAGUGCCGGAAAGGAUAACACCAGCAGAGCGCUUCCCGGUACGACUCCCAGUACAGCGGGGAGUUCCAGCACGAUAUUCGUAGCCAAUAGUCAGGAGCCCGAAAUCAGGCUGACCACGAGCCUGCCGCGCUCCACCUGGAGGUCUACUGGGGACCUGCCAGGCUCGGAGCCCACCCUGAGCCAGUGGUCCACAGCCGGGUCCACCCCGAGCCUGUGGCCGUCACCCUCGCCCACAGCCACAGCCAUGCCCCCUCCUGAGGAUCUGCAGUUGGUGCUCAUGCCCUGGGGCCCGUGGCACUGCCACUGCAAGUCGGGCACCAUGAGCCGGACCCGGUCUGGGAAGCUGCAUGGCCUUUCCGGGCGCCUUCGAGUUGGGGCUCUGAGCCAACUCCGCACGGAGCACAAGCCCUGCACCUACCAGCAAUGUCCCUGCAACCGACUUCGGGAAGAGUGCCCCCUGGACACAAGUCUCUGUACUGACACCAACUGUGCCUCUCAGAGCACUACCAGGACCACCGUUACCUCCCCGCCCACCAUCCAUCUCAGAAGCAGUCCCAGCCUGCCACCCACCAGCCCCUGCCCAGCCCUGGCUUUUUGGAAACAGGUCAGGAUUGGCCUGGAGGAUAUUUGGAAUAGCCUCUCUUCAGUGUUCACAGAGAUGCAACCAAUAGACAGAAACCAGAGGUAAUGGCCACUUCAUCCACAGAGGAGGUGUCAGCAUGUCAACCUCUCUUGCCCUUUCAAUCCUAGCACCCACUAGAUAUUUUGAGUACAGAAAACAAAACUGGAAAAUACAUUGUUUGGUCUUGUGGGUUUUUUUUUUUUUUUCCACAGAGGUACCUGAGGGAGGAGAGACAUAAAUCUCUUCAUCCCUAAGACUGAACUGUGUAAUUAGCAGCCUCUGCCUUGUUUCUACUCCCUGUCUCUUAGGAUAAAAUGUUGAUAUUGCUCAUUUUCCUCAUUUCCAACAUUGUUUUAAAACAAGUACUUCUUUUACAGACUUGAAAAAUCUCAAAUAAACGCUAAGAAAAGGGAGUAGGAAGAACAAGGAGCCGAGCCCUUGAAAGAUGGCAGUGGUCUUGCUUUCAUAAUGCUUAGCCCUCUCUCCUCAAAAGGGCAAUGUUGGUAUAAAAUUCCAUCUCAGCCACUUUUGAGGUAUUAUCUUCAUCAGCCAUAUCCAUCCUUUAAUCCAGCACACACCUGCAAUGAUUACUCUGCAACUAUUUUGCUUAAAUUUUUUAUUUGAAAAAUGUAUUUAAAAGUCCAACAACUUUUUAAUAUAAAUUAUGACUCUCAAACCCAUUCCCAUCACUUUAUUAGCGAUGGUAGCAUACAUAUUAGAGAAGGUAGCUAAAGGCAAGAGAGCACCAAAGGAAAAAGACUGUGUCCAAAGAAGAGGUAUUAGAAUGAGGCUGAAUGAAUCCAGAGAUUCCAGGAGUCUCCAGUCUUUCUACCUAUCCUGUUAACCCUCUAGAUCUCUAGUAUAACACUCAAGCUACUGAGCUAUUUUAGGGCAACAAGUUGGGUUACUUUCAGAGCAACUAGCUUGACUAGAACUGAGAGUAAACUGGGAAUGUAUGACCAAUCUUAGACCCUGAAAAAUGGCAGAAAAUACAUGGAAAUUUGAGGG